CCCGCGCCUUCCGUCUUGUUCAGGUUUAGGGUUUUUCGGAGUCAAGAAUGGAGGACGCCGUUGCGUCGCUGACGAAGAGCUUGGCCCUCGUCCCGCCGGCUGCCGUUCCGGCGAUCGUAGAUUGCGUCAUCGCGUCCUCCUGCUUCGAGCCUUCCCUUCUCUUCUCCUCCCUCGUUCGGACCAUCCCUGAUCCCGCCGAGGUUUUUGAAUCGAACUGCAUUCUAUCUCAUGCGGUUGCACUUGGCCAUCUGAUUAAGCUCACUCCAAGCAAUGAUGCUAUGGAGCUAUUUAUCUGGAAAGUGUUUGUUCCAAUGGUCAAAUCUGUGGAACCGAAUGAUACUGAGUCGAUUAACCAGGGUUUGGGAUUAUUCUGUGAUGUUGUGCUGAAGACUCAUUCUUGGGAGCUUAUAGGGACAAUUCUGUUGCCAUUCUGCCUGGAAUCACUUGUUAAAAACCUGGGUUUGAUUUGCAAUGAGGAGCUGACCAUCUAUCGUUGGAGCAUUGAGGAUGGAUUUGAGCAAAAACCAACUGGAAUUACAAGAGGAAGUUUACCAUUACUGAUCUCAUGUCGAAUCUUGAUUUCAUUGCUGAAUUCUGCAUUGGAGAGUGAGCGUGAAACUCAUAGCUCAGAGCGGAAAGUAGUAGAUGGGUUUGGUGACUCCGGACGUUUCAGUCAUAAUCUCUUGUGGGACUUGUCGAAUAUGGUGAUUGAAAUACUCACACAGAGUACAGAGCACCAGUCUUGUGUUAUUCGGCUUAUCCUUCCACAUAUACUCAGAUCAUUUUGUGAUUUUGCUUUGGUAAGGGUGAUGGUUAAUGGGUCAGCAUGCACGCUAUCCAGGAUUUCUUUCUUGAAGAAAAUUUGGGCAUGUUGCGUAUGCUUGUUCUCUCUUGGACAUGAAGAGAGAAUUGAUGCCUAUAAUAUACUCUCCAUGUGUUUCUCUUCAUUUAAGGUCAUUAAUGGGUGUGGAAGUACAUCAGAAGGUGAGUUAAGUGAAAAAUAUGAUUUGAGCAAUGAGAAGGAAUUUUGGAAGGAGAUACGUAGAGGACUGGUUGAUAAGGAUCCAUUUUUGAGGAAGCAGGCUUUGUAUGUUUUGAAAGUUUCACUUUGCAAUUGUUAUGAUUCCGUUGGAAACAAGGAUGAUGAAUAUUGCUCUAGUGCCUCAAGAUUCACUGUAGAUUCAAAGAAUGGCCACGCCAUCUCUAGCAAUGUAACUCAUGCACAGACCAAGAGAGGAAAGUGGGCAGAUAAAGAAGCAAAGUCCAUGGGUGUUGGAGAAGUUUGCCAUUUGGGUGCGAAUGGUUUGAGUAGCCAGGAAAGAUGGACAGUCUUCAUAUUACUGUAUGAGAUGCUUGAGGAGUAUGGCACUCAUCUAGUUGAGGCAGCAUGGAUGCACCAGGUAUCCUUAUUUUUGGAAUCUGGGCCAUUCAGUACAUGUAUGAUUGCAACUACCUGUGCUGUUCAUCAAGUACAAAUGGACACUUUAGAUGGAAUUUUUAACUGGUUGUCAGUUCUGUGGGAGCGUGGCCUUUUUCAUGAAAAUCCUCAAGUUCGCUGCUUAAUUAUGGAUUCUUUCUUGAGCAUUUCUAUGGGACAAGAUGCAGAUUAUGCACAAAAAGUGCCCAGAAGCUUUGUUUUUAGGGAAAGAAAUUUCGAGAUCGUGAAUCAAGGCCAAGGCCUUGAAGGUUUGUUUAUCGAUAAUGUUGAGACUAAUGUUUCUUUGCUACUUUACAGAGCGAAAAGAAAUUUUUGGCAUCGUGGAAUCAAGGACAAAGGCCUUGAAGGGCGAAAGAAAUUUCAGGAUCAGGAAUUAAGGCCAAAGGCCUUGAAGGGGAAAGAAAUUUCGGUGAUCGCGGAAUCAAGGUCAAGGCCUGAAGCGAAAAGAAAUUUUUGGCAUCGUGAAUCAAGGACAAAAGGCCUCGAAGGUUUGUUCAUCGAGAAUGUUGAGAUUAAUGUUUCUUUGCUACUUUUACAGGCUAAAGAAAUUUUUGGUAUCGUGGAAUCAAGGCCAAAGGCCUUGAAGCGAAAGAAAUUUCGGUAUCAGUGA